UCCUUUUGUGUGCUCUGUCCAAUGGACGCGCAGAUGCGGUUUGCUGCCCGCUAAUUGGCUGCAAAGGAGGAAGAUGCAACGUCCAGGGACAAUAGAUUGAGGACUUUUUAAGGCGUCCCACUGAUGUGGUGAAGAUCCUUUGACUGCUGUCGCUGCUUUAGCGUGUGCUCGGAAUUAUUGUCCCCCGGUGUCUGCUGAUUGCUGCAGCUCCUCCUGCUUUGGCUGGGCUCUGCUUGUUUAUCCGGAUCGUUGGAUGGGAUGUCGGCCCGUCGCGCUCCGUUGCAUGAAGUCAUGUCCGAGAAGAUGUAGCUCCGGGUUGUUGCUGUUGGUGGCUAUGUCUGCAAAAGGUGUCGCUGUCUGAACGAUGCUGGAGCGAUGUCUGAUGUUGAGACCACGUAUGCAGACUUCAUCGCCUCCGGCAGGACGGGUCGCAGGAACGCCCUUCACGACAUCCUGCAGAGUCCCACCGACCCGCAGGGACGAGAGCUGUCCCUCACGCUGUCUCUGUCCCAGCUCCACAUCAACACAGGAGGGGGCGAUGAGGAAGACGCCGAGGACAGUCACAGCUCCGCUACCUCGGCCCAGCGUGAGGCGGAGCAGAGGAACAGCUAAACCGCCGCCUUCUCCUUCUAGCAGACGGGGCGAUGCCGGGCGGAUUACGGCCUCCGUCACUGUGAAUCCGUUAGUUCUGAAAGGCCCGGUGGCCGGAGGUUAGGAGCGUCGCCGCUGAUACGCCUUCAGGCAGAGCGUCCACCCCUGCUGAGGUGAUCGCUCAAAGCUGCAAAGUGGAACGACUGACGCUUUUUCAGUGCCGGGAGUACGCACGAUAACGACCUGGCCGUUCUUUUUUUAAACUGAUUUUGGUUUCAGUCUUUGCGGUCCGACACACAGGCUGAAGGACUUAAACUGAAAGAGGAAAAUGGAGCCGGCGACCAAUGUGCGUCCUGCAGUAGUUCAAGCAGUUUGUAGGACCACUGAGACGUGCCGGUAUAAUGGGUCACAGUGGGAGUAGCGGGAUCGUAGAAGCAGCGGUGCUGCUAGAGGCUGUAUAGCACCAGUUAAUGGUUUGUGCUUCCCUUGAACUGACAUUAAAGCAGAGGGAUGCCGACUUAGCCGUACCCGAACUAAAACAUUGAGCUCUGGAAGUCCUAUUUAUGCUGAAUUGUUUCAAUUUCAUACUGUAGAGAACGACAAAAAAAAAAAAAAGAUGUUCCAGGAGAGGUAGUAUGCAGGUAAUGUGAGUGUACUUUAAAAUGUGUGUCCUUAUUUUUUACACGUUUCUAACAAUGCCGAUAUUAUCACAGCCUUACACGAAUAGUUUGUCAGGUUGCGUCUAUUCGGUUUGUAGCUGAGAGCUUGAGAAGGAGAAAAGUCUUUCUCGUGGGACUGAACUCGGACGGAUGAGAAAGAUCAAGCUCAUCUUGAGGGAGACCCCGGGGGCAGGCCGAGAACACACAGGACGGAAUAUAGCUCCUCUGCUCCCACAGCUCCUUGGAAAUGGAUGCAUUUUAUAAAAAAGGUUAAAAUAAAAAGCAUCUGGUUUUUCACUAUGUAACAUGUCGACGAGGCAAAAGCUAUUCUGGUUGCCAAAAUUAAACUUUGCGCUUUCCAGGAUUAAGAAGGCCACUACAAACAUUUGCAAACGCAUGAGUCUUAUUAAACAGAGGUGAGGUUUAUUUCCUGGCUUUAAAAUUAUGUGUGCAAAAAAAACCAAACAAACAUAAAAGUACUAAUCUUUGACCUGUUAGGUGGUAAUGGGAAUUUAGUUAUGCAACUAUCUGCGGUUUUGGCAUCCCACUUAUAAUAACUGUUGGCUUGGUUCAACUGAGUUCAGAAAUCAUUGAUCAUGUUGGUUUAGAAACCUAAAAAAAAAAAGAAGAAGAAAAGCAUGUUGAAGAUAGAAAAUGCCACCGUAGGGUCUAGAUUACAAUUUCUUUAAUUUGAUAAGAGCCGUGGAUUUGAGAGGCCGGUUUUGUUGAGUUUUUAAAAUCGCCUUGUGGACUGUAUUCUUAAAAACAACAUGCCAUUUUAAAGAAAACAAGAAGCCAACAUGUCAGAUCAUAAAUCACCCCGUUGGGAUGACGUCUGCUCUAUAAUUUCAGGACCAUACCCAACGAGUUGCCCCCUGCUGGUAGGAACGAAGAAUGCACUUUCAGGCCCAUCUGUACCACUGCCAAAUUAAAUAUGUAGAUAUAAAAAAAAUGCAACCACUGUGUAAACGUAUGCAUGUGUUCCACCUUCAUCAUGAGUCCUUUCAGCACCUUUUGGUAGGAGAUCUCUGCAGAUCUUCAAAAUGGCUGGCAGCAUACAUGUAAAA